ACAAUCCUAUAAUCCCCUUCUAAAAAUUUCCAAAAAACCACUUUCUAUUUUUAAAUUCCUUUUACUUUUAAUCAAGAAACAAAUCAAUCCCUUCCCAAAAAUGCUUUAAGAAAUUCCUAACCUCACUUUUAAUCAAGAAACAAAUCAAUCCUUUCCCAAAAAUGCUUUAAGAAAUUCCUAAUCUCACUUUCCCUCUCUUCCGAAAAAACAAAACAAAACAAAAUUAUACAAUCCAAUCACAAAAUCGAGCGCAUAAAACAUCUUCCUUCUCGGUUAAAGAAAAAGGAAGAAGCGGCCAGGAACUGGACAAUGUGACGCGCAACGUUAACGCCGGUGUGCAAGCACCAGUUGUUACCACAUUGUCAGGGGGGAUAUAGUAUCCACGAUAGGUAACCACAGGAAGAGAAUACUUUCACUGCCAAACGUACGGUUGGGAGCCUUGGAGAAGGACGAGAAAACACUGGACUACAAGCAUCGACGACUGUUAGGCCAGACGGAUAAGGACGGUGAGAGUGAAACGAGUUAGGCACAGCCUGGGCACGCGACUAUUCUCUCUAUCGUUUUUCCUUGUUUGACGAUCGUUGAACGAAACCACGGCGUUCGAAAAUCGAUCCUCUUUUGUGUUCCGUUUCAAAGAAAUCGGAGAAAAGUAGUUCACGUUCCAAUCGUUUGGAAUUUAGUUACCGACCGAUUCACUUUUGAAGAAGGAGGAAAAGAAGGAGAAAGAAUCGAUCGAGAAAUUUAGGAAGAGAUUUUUUUUGGGAGAUGGGAAGAGAAUCGAGAAAUAAUCCCCAUGAAUAAAUUACAAGAAUCAUCAAAAACGCGAUGAAGAACAUAAAUCUCUACGUGUCGUUCAAAGUACAUCGUAUUCAGAAGAUCGGUAUCCGGCCACCAGAUAUUGGUUCACGAUAAAAUCGGGAGGCGUGAUGACAUAUAACCAAAAUCAAAAAUAUUUUUCAAACACCUGCCAAUUGAUGAAGAAUGGUUCUCAGCGCGAUCGUAGUUGCAUCAGCUUUGAAAGGAGCCUUGAGCCUCAUAGGCACGAGUCUCUGGUUAAUUCCACUGUUGAUAGCAGGCCUAUCUUACUAUCGAUACGAUCAAUUAGAUCCAGAGAGCCGACCAAUCGACAGAUAUCCUCUUUAUCCGGAAUACGACUUUAUCGUCGUGGGUGGUGGGUCAGCCGGGGCCGUUGUAGCCAACAGAUUGUCAGAAAUACCGAAAUGGAACGUCCUUUUGCUCGAGGCUGGCCCGGAUGAGAACGAAGUGACGGACGUGCCUUCAUUGGCAGCAUAUCUUCAACUGACGAAAAUCGAUUGGAAAUACAAAACAGAACCCACAGGCAGAGCUUGUUUGGCUAUGAAAGAUGGCCGCUGCAACUGGCCUCGAGGCAAAGUACUAGGUGGCUCUAGUGUCCUCAAUUACAUGCUCUACGUAAGAGGAAACAGACAUGAUUACGAUCACUGGGAAUCGAUGGGUAAUCCUGGUUGGGGAUACGACCAGGCGCUCUACUAUUUCAAAAAAUCGGAAGAUAAUAGGAAUCCAUACCUGCAGAAGAGUCCAUAUCACUCGACAGGUGGUUAUUUGACCGUGCAAGAAUCACCGUGGAAAACUCCUUUGGUAGUGGCGUUUGUUCAAGCGGGAACGGAAAUAGGAUACGAGAAUAGAGACAUAAACGGAGAACGGCAAACAGGUUUCAUGAUAGCUCAAGGCACGAUUCGCAGAGGCAGCAGGUGUUCCACUGCUAAAGCUUUUCUAAGACCGAUCAGACUGCGCAGGAACAUUCACACUGCCAUGAACUGUCACGUGACUAGGAUACUCAUAGACCCUAUAGCGAUGAGAGCAACUGGUGUCGAAUUCGUGAGGGACGGGCGCAGACAAAUAGUGCGGGCAAGGAAGGAAGUGAUCUUAUCGGCAGGGGCGAUCAACAGCGCGCAAAUCUUGAUGUUAUCCGGAAUAGGACCCAAAGAGCACCUGCGUCAUAUAGGAAUACCAGUGAUCAAAGAUCUUCGAGUAGGCGAUAAUUUGCAAGAUCACGUAGGUAUGGGUGGUCUUACGUUUCUCAUAGAUAAACCUGUAGCAAUCGUUCAAGAUAGAUUUCAAGCAGCUGCCAUAACUAUGCAUUAUGUGGCCAAUGGCAGAGGACCGAUGACCACUCUAGGUGGCGUUGAGGGUUAUGCUUUCGUCAACACGAAAUAUGCGAAUCGAUCCAUCGAUUAUCCGGACAUACAAUUGCAUAUGGCGCCGGCAUCCAUCAGUUCGGACGCUGGUGCUCAAGUUAGAAAGGUUCUGGGUAUAACCGACGAAGUUUACGAUACUGUGUUCAAACCUAUAUCGAACAAGGACGCGUGGACUAUUAUGCCUCUUUUGUUGAGGCCUAAAUCGAGAGGCACAGUCAGGUUACGUAGCUCUAAUCCGUUUCACAGCCCGUUAAUCAAUGCUAAUUACUUCUCCGAUCCGAUAGAUAUCGCCACUUUGGUCGAAGGUGCCAAAAUCGCAAUGAGAAUCAACGAGGCUAAAGUGUUCAAGCAAUUCGGAUCAAGAGUUCAUAGAAUUAAAGUGCCCGGGUGUAAGCAUUUGAAUUUUGCUUCGGACGCGUAUUGGGAGUGCCAUAUUCGGCAUAUCUCUAUGACAAUUUAUCAUCCAGUUGGAACGGCAAAAAUGGGCCCUUCGAGUGAUCCUACCGCGGUCGUCGAUCCUAAAUUGAGAGUAUACGGUGUUAGAGGAUUGAGGGUGAUCGAUGCGUCGAUCAUGCCCACUAUUUCCAGCGGAAAUACGAAUGCACCGGUAAUUAUGAUAGGGGAGAAAGGGGCUGAUCUCGUGAAGAACGAUUGGUUGGCGAUAGAAAGUGCGAGAAAUUGACGGAUUUGAGCAGUUGCUUUGAUUUUGUGAUUAAGAUAGAUAUCGUUUGUUGAUAGGUUAAUUAAACUUUGUUGGUUAAAGAGUCGAGCAAAAAUUUGCGACGACUCCUGUGAUUGUGAUAUGUUGAGUGUACAUAUUUUGUGUAUAUAAAAUUUUUUAUUAAAUUAAUCGUAAGAUUGUUGUUAAGAUCUGAUAGCAACAGAAUCAAAUAAAAGUGAAAAAUGAAAAAUUUCAUUCAUGUUCGUGUUGAUUAAGUGAAAACAUUUUUGGAUGAAUUGAACGAAUUUUAAACAAUACUCUAAAUGUCGAUACAGAUAAAAUUAUCAUUGACAUUAAAAAAGAUUUAAAAAAGAUUUUUAAAAAAUAAUGAAACAGGUGCAUUUAAAAAAAUUUAAAAAUUAAAAUUAAUAAAUUAAUAAAUUACGUGCGAUGUGAUUUGCCUUGAGUUAUAAUAACAUGUUCUAAGAAAAUAAGACAAAAAAGAAAAAUUUUAUAGAGAAAAGAUAUAUUAAGAAAAAUAUAUCUUUUUUUAAAAUUCAAACGUCAAGUUUAAUUUGUUAAAUGUUAAUUUUUUAUAUAAAUAAUAUCGAUCGUUCUUUUUUGUCUUUUCAGUACAUAAUAUCAAAUUAAAUUUACAAAAUGUAUAUUUUCUUUCUCAGGUGAAGAUGUAUCAAUCAUGUGCCAUAGUUUGUUGCAUAACUUAUAGAUUUUCUUUACGCGUAAAAUAAAAAAUCAAUGAUUAUAUAUUUUUUUACGUAACUUUUUCAUCAAUUUCUUUAUCAUCCAUUUGUUGCAAAAAAAUAUUGAUGUAAAUCAUACAGAAAAAAAAAAUAAAAAAAAAAUUUCCAAAUUGUAUUCUUUAAAUUUUAAUUUGAAAUCUUAAUUAUUCAAUUAUAUCGUUCUUGCAGCAAAUGGACGAUACAAAUUUAAAUUUAUAAAAGAAUAUAUGAACAAUAAUAGAUAAUAAUUUUUGAGAAUGCAGAGUACAAUUUAAAAUAUGCAUCAAAAGAUAGUGAAACUUGAAUCCAAAUAUUCCUAGAUAUGUAUAUUUUAGAACAAUAAGAAUGCAUCAGAGAAGAAUGUAUUUGAUGAAAAUAAAAAUGCAAUGCAUCAACAAUA